AUGCGGAAAUUCUCCUUCGCAGCCUCUUUGGCUUCGAUUAGCCUCGCUCAAUUUCCUGCACCACCUCGCGAUGUGGAAUUCGUGAAGCUACCCGCUGGCAAUAGCGUAUCCAUUAGCUAUAAGCAGACGACGAUAUGUGAGACCACGCCAGGAGUGAAGGCUUAUGCCGGCUUUGUCCAUCUACCUCCAGACACUUUGAGAGACUUGGGCAUCAAUCAAUCGUACCCCAUCAACACGUUCUUCUGGUUUUUCGAAAGCCGGAAAGACCCUAGAAAUGCCCCUCUUACGAUAUGGAUCAACGGUGGUCCUGGUUCGUCUUCUAUGGCUGGCCUGUUUGCUGAAAAUGGCCCAUGCCAAAUCAACCCAGAUUCAAAUUCUACGAGAUUGAACCCGUGGUCGUGGAACAGAGACUCUAACAUGCUGUAUCUGGACCAGCCAGUGAGCGCCGGUCUAUCAUACAGCAUCCUCCAGAAUUACACCGUGGAUCUUAUAGCCGCCAAUGCCAUCAAGUUGAACGACACCGACCCGACUCCACAGCAAAACUCAACGUACCUUGUCGGGACGAUGUCGGACUACGACAACAUGACUACUGCUAACAGUUCCACUGUAGCAGCUGGCGCAGCAUGGCACUUCCUGCAGAGUUGGACACAGGAGUUUCCGCAUUACCAACCCAAUCACAGAAAGAUCAAUUUGGCAGCGGAGAGCUACGGUGGCCGGUACGGACCGACAUUCUUUGAGUUUUUCGAGCAGCAGAACGAAAGAAUUCGUAAUAGUCCCUCCUCUGGCGACGAGAAGGAGAUGUUGCUGGACCUCGACACACUUCUGCUCGUGAGCCCGUGCAUAGAUCCUAUCAUGUACUAUUCGUACCCAGAACUUGUGUGGAACAACACAUACGGAUUGAAACUGGUCAACGAGUCGAUCCGAGACCAGAUGCUGUACAACUUACACAAGAAGGAUGGUUGCCUAGAUCUGAUGUGGCAGUGUGGCAACUUGACCCAACUUUACGACCCGCACGUAGUUGGGCUUAAUGCCACUGUCAAUCAGAUCUGUGCAGAUGCGGGAUAUAUUUGUGAUCAUGAUGUGCAGCAGCUCCCCAACAGAGCUGCUGGCUUUAGCUUUUACGACAUUACUAAAAAAAAUGAUCGUCGCUACGUCGAUCCGUUUUUCGAAGGCUAUCUCAAUCAACCACAUGUGCAAGACAACCUCGGUGUGCCAUUGAAUUGGACUUCAUUCUCUGAUGCAGUCUCGCGUGCUUUUCGAAACACGUCUGACUUUCGUCCGGGUCAUCUUGACAAGCUAGCCUAUCUCCUCGACCACGGCGUCAAAGUGCAUAUCAUGACUGGCGAUCGCGAUUGGGUCUGCAACUGGUUCGCAGGCGAAGACUCUUCUCUUGGAGUAAAUUAUUCCCACACCUCCGAGUUCCAGUCCGCAGGCUACGCUCCCAUUCGUACGAACUCUUCCUCUGUUGGUGGACAAGUCCGACAAUACGCAAACUUCUCCUUCUCUGUAGUCUACGAUACUGGGCACGCGAUUCCCGCAUUCCAAGGUGAAACCGCUUAUCGCAUCUUCCACCGUGCGCUACAGCAUCGGGACAUUGCGACGGGAACGCUCAAAGUAAAUGACAAGUACCAAACGAAAGGGCCCCCGAGCGUUCGGGGCCAGAAACGAGAAGUCCCGAAGCCGGCACUGGAAAUUUGUUAUUCACUUGACCCAGGUAGUACGUGUACAGAAGAGCAGAGGUAUGCGCUAGGUAAUGGAACUGUCACCAUUAAGAACUACAUCGUGGUCGACAAGAAUUCAAGUAUGUUGUAUCCUCAAAUUGUUGGUGGGAAGGAUGAGAAAGAGUGACUCGAGCUUGGAAAGGAGGGACCCUGGACAACCACACUGGCUAAUGUGAAGUCGCACUGGAAUCGGGAGUUGUGUAUACU